AUGUCUUCGGGGAAGGUCGAUGAUAAGGAGUCUGACUCGGAAAAGGCAUGCCUGGGACUUGAUUGGUUUAAAGAAGAUCAUCUUGCCGAACGGGGAUCAGCAGGGAGACUGGUGAUAGCACCGGGCAGACUCACGAGACCCGACCUGGACUUCAAUUGGGAUGUGGUGGCCUUGGCUAUGGGGGCCCUUGGGGCAAGGCCUUCUGUGGACCGCCUAGAAGAAGAGGUUGCCUUUUUCUUUGAGAAGUGCCGGAUGAAGGGGAGGAAGCCUGUUUCAGGCUGGCGAGUCCGAAACUUGAUAUCCAUGUUCAACCGGAUAUGCAAGCUCCCUCACCGCCCCAACGAAGAGAACAUUCGCAAAAUCUAUUUGCACCUGGGCCUGGAGAUUCCACCGGGACGCCAGCCACGUGGAUCAAAGGAGUCACUGGACGAGGAGCUGCUGGGAGAUGAGGAGGUCGGCUAUGAAAAUGCGGAAUCGGAGUGUGAAACCGAUGAUGAGGAGGUGUUAUGUGAGCCAGGGGAAACCUCCUUGCCUGAUGGGGGGAUCUCAGAUGAGAAGUGCCCCGAGCGAUCGGGCAAGCCGUCUCCAAGUAGUGCACCACUCGGUGCUUCUUCGGAGGACCUCGUGACCCCAAAGCAUGCAGGCCCUGCUGUGGACUCGCCAGCGUCAACCGAGAAGGUGAGUGACCCGAACAAGCGUGUUUUGCUCCAAGCUUUGUGGGAUCAGCAACAGAAGUUAGCCCAGCUAAUAGCGGCAAAGCACCAGCGUGCGACCUCCGCUUUUCAUGUGGCUGGUAAUGUGUCGACCCAAGAAACGCAAGUGAUGGAUGAUGAUGCAGUGGCUACGGCUGCAGCCCUUGCCUGUCAGGAGGUUGCAUUGAAGGAGACAGCUUCGAUUGAGGCUGGUGCCCUGGAAAAGGCAACCCCAAUAAAGUUCGCUGCUAGGCGGCUCCAGACAGCGACUGCUGACUGGCCGGCCCCCAAGAAGUCGAGAAGCUCGGCAUCCGGGAACCAACGAGCACCAGUGGAGAAGACAACACCUACAGCGAUCAUGAGCUCCGAGCCGGUACCGAAGCCAACACCUGUAGUGAUCAAGCGCGAGCCAGUGUCGGAGCCAACACCUGUUGUGAUCAAGCGCGAGCCAGUGUCGGAGCCAACACCUCUUGUGAUCAAGCGCGAGCCAGUGCCGAAGCCAACACCGGUUGUGAUCAAGCGCGAGCCAGUGCCGAAGCCAACACCUGAAGAAAUCAAGCAAAAGCCUUUGGAGAAGCCGUGGAUUCCUGUUCCGAUCAAGCAGGAGCCUGUCCCGAUCAAGACCGAGGGCAUCAAGCAAGAGGAAGGUGAGUUUGCAGAUUCGGAUAGGCAUGAACCUGCAGCAGGUGCCGCUGCCCCUGUAGAGGAACAGACAGACAAAUGUGAAGAUGAUGAGCCUGCUGGUGAUGGCCAUGACAUGACAGACAAAUGUGCAGAAGAUGAUCCCCAGCCUGCUGGUGAUCAAAAUGGCAAGGCAAGUGAAUGUGCAGAAGAUGAGGAGCCUGCUGGUGAUGAAGAUGGCAAGCCAUGCCCAGAGCUUCCGAAAGAGCAAGAGCUAGCAUGUGAUGAUCGCCCUGCCCUGGUGUCUACGGCUGGUGUUAUCUCCCCAACUGAGCAGAACAAGCUGAACAAGAAGAAGAAGGAGAACAAGCAAGCAACAGAUUCGAAACCGAAGCAGGGAGCCGACAAGGAUUCGAAACAAGAAGAGGCACAGGAAAAGAGGAAGCCGGGCCGCCCCAAAGGGAGCAGGAAUCAGCCCAACACAACAGCCAAAGCAAAGGCCAAACCGGCCAAAGCAACAGCCAAAGCAAAAGCCAAAGCAAAAGCCAAAGCAGCCACCAAAGCAAGCAGACAAGCAACUGCUGAGCCCACGGACACGCCGUCGAAAGCAGCAACCAGGAAGCGCAAAGCGCCGGCAGAUGUGCCCGGCAGUCAAGACACCCAGUUUUAUUCGCCCAAGGCCCCCAGGGGCAAAGCAGCAGCCAAGCCAGCAUCCAAGCCAGCAGCCAGCAAAGCCAAAGCAAAGCCGGCACCAAAGGCCAAAGCAAAGCAGGACAAGGAGGCGGCUCCGAGCCACGAUUCCGCCCGCAAGAGUCGGAAGAGCUGUGCCUAUCACAAGGCCAAAGGUCUCGCCCUAAAGGCAGGCAAAUCCCAAGAAGAAGCACUUGCUGCAGCCAAGCAGGCCACUCGGCCAAGGAUGUAG